GGCGCGGAUCUGCUCUGCUGCCCCCUCCAGGCGGGAUGGGGAACCUCCCUCCUCCGCCUGCCAACCUGCUCGGCUGGUUAAGCCGGCCCUGCCCUCCCGGGAAGCCGCGGCCAGACCUCAGCCCGGGCCAGCGGAGGGGAAGCACCGUAGACCUUGGGGCUGAGGCCGGAGCAGAGCCGCCCAAGGCCUGGCCGGGUGCGGGGUCCCGGCAGCCUGGUGGCCGGCCUCCGUGGGCUGUGUGUGGGUCCUGGCAGGAGGCCCGCGCCCCGAACGGCCACGUGGAGAGCCGCUCCGCUCAGUGUUGGGACUUCCUCGGGAAGAGGACCUGAGGCCCGUGGGGGGCUGCGAUGGUGCGGAGUCGGUCUCGGAUCCGAGGACCCCCAGAGCCAUGUCUCUCCCCGGCGGCAGGGACCCCGAGCGGCAUGUCAGGGUGAAGCAGCGGGGCUCAGUGCUGAACAUGCUCAGGAGGCUGGACAAGAUCAGGUUCAGAGGUCACAAGCGAGACGACUUCCUCGACCUGGCGGAGUCUCCCAACGCCUCGGACAACGAAUGUGGCGACGACGUGCCCCUGAGAGUGCCUCGGGCCCGGGACGGCGAGGAGCUGAGGGACCCUGCCGGUCCAGGGACCCUCAUCAUGGCCGCAGGAGUCCAGGACUUUAACCGGACGGAGUCUGAUCGCCUGAAUGAGAUCAAAGGUCACCUGGAAAUCGCCUUGCUGGAGAAGCACUUCCUGCGUGA